UACACGUAAGUCGACGUAGACAAGGUUUUUUAGUUCUCGUGUGUCCUGAGAGUGUCUCUUUUUGUGUUUUUGGUGGAGAAGAAAGAGAGGGAACAAACUAUGGAAAGAAAAAUGUACAAAUCAACGUUGUUCCCAAUUUGCUGCGUGUUGUUUGCCUUGUUCGAUCGCGGCAAUGCUCUCUAUGGAUCUUCUUCGCCUGUUCUUCAACUUACUCCUUCUAAUUUCAAGUCUAAGGUUCUUAAUUCAAAUGGUGUCGUUUUGGUAGAGUUCUUUGCGCCAUGGUGUGGUCAUUGUCAAUCUCUAACACCAACUUGGGAGAAGGUUGCUAAUACGUUGAAAGGUAUUGCUACUGUGGCAGCCAUUGAUGCUGACGCUCACAAGUCUGUCUCUCAGGAUUAUGGUGUGAGGGGUUUCCCAACCAUUAAAGUAUUUGUUCCCGGGAAGCCUCCAAUUGAUUACCAAGGAGCAAGGGAUGCCAAAUCCAUUUCUCAAUUUGCUAUCAAGCAGAUAAAGACGCUGUUAAAGGAUCGUUUGGAUGGUAAAACAACUGGUACAAAAAAUGGAGGAGGAAAAUCUGAGCCUAGCGCCUCUGUGGAACUAAACUCUAGCAACUUUGAUGAGUUGGUCGUUGAAAGCAAACAACUUUGGAUUGUCGAGUUUUUUGCACCUUGGUGUGGACAUUGCAAAAAGCUAGCUCCUGAGUGGAAAAAGGCUGCUAACAAGUUGCAGGGGAAGGUCAAACUAGGUCAUGUCAAUUGUGAUGCUGAGCAGUCGAUAAAGAGCAGAUUCAAAGUGCAAGGAUUCCCCACUAUCUUGGUCUUUGGUGCAGACAAAAGUAGCCCAGUACCUUAUGAGGGUGCUAGAUCUGCAUCAGCAAUAGAAUCUUUUGCUCUGGAACAGCUAGAAUCCAAUGCUGGACCUGUUGAAGUAACUGAACUAACUGGGCCGGAUGUCAUGGAAGAGAAGUGUGGUCCUGCUGCUAUUUGUUUUGUUUCUUUCUUACCUGACAUUCUGGACUCAAAAGCUGAAGGAAGGAACAAGUAUCUAGAGAUGUUAUUAUCAGUUGCAGACAAGUUUAAGAAAGACCCUUACGGCUUUGUGUGGGUGGCUGCUGGGAAGCAACCUGAUUUGGAGAAACGUGUUGGUGUUGGAGGAUAUGGUUAUCCAGCAAUGGUAGCCUUAAACGCAAAGAAAGGAGCUUAUGCUCCACUUAAAAGCGGUUUUGAGGUUAAACACCUCAAAGAUUUCAUAAAGGAAGCUGCGAAAGGAGGAAAAGGGAAUUUGCCUAUAGACGGAACAAUGGAGAUAGUGAAGACAGAAGCUUGGGAUGGUAAAGACGGAGAGGUGGUUGAUGCAGAUGAAUUCUCACUUGAAGACCUCAUGGGAAAUGAUGAUGAUGCCUCCACUGAGUCCAAGGAAGACUUGUGAACUUCUCUUUUACCUCAUUGAUAAGGGUUUGGUUUCUUGAAAGACUUAACGUGUCCCACUCAAGGACAAUGAUAUCAUUUCAAAGAGUUAGAACAGAGAGUAUACACUUUUGGAUUCCAUAUAGAUACAGAAUUUGGUGAAUCCUUCUGCUUUGAUAUGAAGUUGAACAAGCUAA